AUGCAACGACUUUCCGAGCGGUGGAGGUUGCUUGUCAUGCUGUGGAUUGCCGCGUGGCUAGUGGCAUGCGGCGUCGCCGCUCAAAGUGGCUUUUUAGGUGAUAUUCCGGCGGCACCACAUGAUGCAGCGUACGGUGCGUACUUCCGCAACUACCCAACAGCACGUCCCUGUAUUAUGACGGCGGCCUUCGCGGCGGUGGGAGAGGACGACAGAAGCAACGAGUCGGUUGCGUAUAGCGGCUGCAGAAUCGAAGAUAGGGCUGUCGUGCCGCAUUCUCUUCUUCUUCUUCAUGCGGCCGAAGUGGCACUAGCUUCGAUGGAAGCUUGUGGGGAUAAUGUGACGUCGCUGCAGGAGAUUCUCCGCGGGCUCCCACUUCCAGACACACUCUCUAGUAGUGGCAUUGGACUUGUCUUGUCGACGCGUGACAGCACCAACAACGACAAAAGGAAGAAGAAAAACGGGGCAGCGGAUAACACUCCAUAUGACAUGACAUGUUUCCUGGUCGCCGUUCAGCGCUACAAUGCGCUGGUGAAUAAUCAUACGCAUGGUUCAACGCCACUUAUCUCGGCGGUUGUUUUUUCUGGCGACAGACGAAUUUUCCGCUUCUCCGGUGGUCGUCGCAGCGGUGAGGAACUGCUGCUUCCCCAUGAAGUUACGAGUGUGUAUGACUUUGUCCUUCUCUACUUUCCCACUACCGGCGGCCGUGGCCCUGUGGAUAGUGGGUGGGCGGCGCUCAUGGAUACAGCCGAGUUUAACCGUAUUCAUUGGGUCAGGGGCCACACCUACCCACAGAGCGUCUUGGAGACACGCAAUGGUAUGAUGCUCGCGGCCUCCUCCGCCUCACCCGCGCGGGCGCGGAGUUGCUUGGAGGGUCCCUCGCCAUCCUGUGCUCCGUUGGGAGGCUGGACUGUGUGGACGAGCACCGCUGACAUGCGGUGGGGGUGGAACCCGGCGUCACUGGACUUUGAAAAGAAGACGCGCAAAGGCGCUCUCGCACUGUUGGUCGCCUCCACCGCCGUGUCACUUGUCAAGGGGGAGACUCCUGGUGCGGACUGUCCAGCAAGCGCCGUCGUCGCGACAUUGGCGGUGUUGGAGGCGCUGCAGCGCGUGGGUGAGGGUGCCAACCGCGACGUUUACGCUUUCUUUUUUCCCGGCGAGCACGUGGGCGGCGUCGGGAGCGCCCGCUUCAUCUCCGACGCGACGCUGCUAGAAUGUGCCCGAGCCGGCCUCAGCAACUGUACGGCGCUGGCGUACAAAGACAACCUGAACUUCACCACGGUGGAUUUUGGCGCCAUUGACACGUUCCUCGUGCUGGAUCAGGUGGCCUACCAGGACGCCCCGUUGUAUUACCACGUUGACAGCCGUGUGGGGACGGGAUCGGCGCAGCAGCAGAAGGCAGAAAUGGAACUGAGGAGGCGUGGCGUGCGACGAGCCUCCACCGCGCGACUGCCGUAUUCCCCCAUCACGACUCUGCUGGAUCUCCUUCCUUCGGCAGCGACAGCGGGCGAUAAGGUGUUUCUCACACUCACUCGCUACAACACAACGUACGUGAAUCCUGAUGUUUUUACCGUUCUGGAUACGACAACGCAGCGCUCCGCACUCCGGGCGGCAUCGGUUGCAGAGGCGGCUGAUGUCGUUCUGCGUCUGCUGCUUCCACACACAUACUCUGCCGCCGCGCUCUCUCCUACUCCUCCUCCUCCUCCUCCUCCUCCUCCUCCUGAGGCGUCGGUAAAUCACAGUCUCGUAGAGCUACUGUGGGGGUGCUUCACAGAUAAUUUGCACUGCAGCUUUCUUUCCACGUCAGAAGGCGCGGUAGCGGCCGCCACCUCACCUGACUACGGUGUGGGCGUUAUGAUGGGUGAUGGCAUCACUAAUACUCAGGCAGCUAUAGAGGCGGCGCUUCAGUGCAUCGGCUGGAACGACGUUGCGCGGUCUCCGGCGGUGCCGAUGUCACUGCGCAUUCCUCAUGGUGACUGGGGUGCGACGUGGGAGCAGGACAAGGCAUGGAUGCGGCAGCACAACAACUCACGAUACGCACUGCACGUGAUGAGCCUUUGGCGUGAGGAUAUCGGUGCCAGAAGCACAAUGGUGGAAUCUGAGGCUGUGGCUCUGGUAUUUUUUUGUCUCGGUAUCACUUUUGCUGUCGCUGUCCUUUUAGGCGUUAACCUGUGUGUGAAGAAGUAG